CAGUCGACCGGCUUGUACGUGCCGCUCGCGACGCCCUCCCUUGGAAACUUUACGCGAGUGCAGUGACAGUGAGUGAGCAUGCCCGCCCGCGCCGUGGCCCUCCUAGCCACCGCGGCCCUCGCGCUAGCCGCUACCCCGUCCGACCCUUGCAUGGAGGAUGGCCGUCCGCGUCGCUGUAUCCCUGAUUUCGUUAAUGCUGCUUUUGGAACUCCUGUUGUUGCUUCUUCCAUCUGCGGAAGACGAGGUCCUGAGCGACUCUGUGACCCUCCCGGGGACCAGCCUCCCGAGAACUCAUGCAGAGUGUGUGACGCUGCCAGAUCUGACCGCCGACAUCCACCGACCCAUCUCACCGACUUGAACAACCCUCACGACGUGACUUGUUGGAGAUCUGCUCCUAUCCCUCCGACUUCCUACGAUUCACCCCCUGACAACGUAUCUCUUACCUUAUCUCUCGGCAAGAAAUAUGAGUUGACUUAUGUGAGUCUGCAGUUCUGUCCCAAGGCCGCCCGACCUGACUCUGUAGCUAUCUACAAGAGUGCGGAUAACGGCGUAACCUGGCAGCCCUUCCAGUUUUACUCCAGCCAAUGCAGGCGCGUUUAUGGUAGACCUAACAAGGCUACUGUUACUGCUGCCAAUGAGCAGGAAGCGAGAUGCUCCGAUAGUCAUCGAUUGACUGGUGAGAGUUCUGGAGGAGCAAGGCUGGCAUUCAGCACCCUUGAGGGACGCCCGAGUGCUGCCAACUUCGACAUAUCACCAGUACUUCAGGACUGGGUCACUGCUACUGAUGUUAGAGUAGUUUUUAACCGUUUGCAUAUGGUUAACGAAGGAGAUGAAAUCGAUAACAAGAAGCAGGCAGCUCCGGGCAGUCAACAUUACGCGGUCUCGGACUUUGCGGUCGGUGGUCGAUGCAAGUGCAAUGGUCACGCUUCGAGAUGUAUUCCGAUGAAAGGCGCGGACGGUGCAGCUGCCGGAGGAGUGCAGCAGCUGACCUGUGACUGCAAGCACAACACGGCGGGCCGCGACUGCGAGCGCUGCAAGCCCUUCCACUUCGACAGACCCUGGGGACGCGCCACCGCACGGGAUGCCAACGAAUGCAAAGAAUGUAACUGCAACGGGCACGCGCGUCGCUGCCGGUUCAACAUGGAGCUGUACAAGCUGUCGGGCAGGGCAUCCGGGGGCGUGUGCCUCAAGUGCAGGCACUACACAGCAGGCAGGCACUGCCACUACUGCCGCGAGGGAUAUUACAGGGACCCCACCAAGCCUAUCACUCAUAAGAAGGCUUGCAAACCCUGCGACUGCCACCCAGUAGGAGCGAGUGGUAAGACCUGCAAUCAAACGAGCGGACAGUGUCCCUGCAAGGAUGGAGUCACCGGCACUACCUGCAACCGCUGCGCCAAAGGAUACCAGCAGUCACGCAGCCACAUCGCGCCUUGUAUACGUAUCCCUCGUGUGGUGACAGCAGUGCAGGCGAUGGAGGCGGUGGACGGCGACCCGGGCCGCGCAACGGAGCAGUGCGGCCGGUGUCGCGCCGCCGCUCGCACGCUAAAUCUCAACAAGUUCUGCAGCCGAGACUACGUCAUAAUGGGCAAGGUGGUGGGUCGCGAGGCGAGCGCGGCGGGCGACCAGUGGGUGCGGCUGGCGCUGAGCGUGCAGGCAGUGUACAAGCGCGCGCCGCGCAGUCGUCUGCGCCGCGGCGCCACCGCCCUGCACGUGCGCGCCGCGGACCUCGCCUGCAAGUGCCCUAAGAUCAAGAUCAACAAGUCAUACCUAAUCCUAGGAGUGGAAAAAGAGGGCGUGUCAGCCGGUUUUCCAGGGCUGACGGUCGGCGAGAGGACACUACUGCUGGAGUGGCGCGACGACUGGCACCGACGUAUCCGCCGGCUUCAACGGCGCGCGAUCAACUGCCAUUAGCGGACCGCCAUCUUGGAAUAGUGGGGAUAAAGCAACCAAUGAGAGCAAGUUCUCGUCGUAAUCCGUCGUUGCAAACAUACGUGAAUUGAUAAACGUAGUUGUUUUAACUGUUACUGCCAUAUACGUGCUGUCUAUAUAAAUUCAUAUAACAAUAAUAUAUUGUCUCAGGAAUUAACGUUGAUAUAUCAUAAGACUGAUUGUAAUCACUCUUCGACGCAUCUUCGUGUAAUUGAAAGGUGUUCUAGAUACAUAGUUUUAUGUCAAUUCCCAAUGUUGUGUCGAUAACCACAUGCUUAAAUACCAUAAACAUAUAGUUCUUAAAAGCAAGUGUUAAAUUGAAUGUUUUCGCAGUGAAGUUAUUCCUCUAAAUAAAUUAUAAGUCUGUGUGGGUAAUGCAAAUAGUGAACAUAUCGAAAAUACCUAAUUUUGUGACUGCAACUCGUAGGCCUAACUAUAAGCUUUAUAACCUCAGAAAUAUAAUCAAACCGUUAUAUGCAAGUCUUUGUAGUAGACUAUUGUCGUUCAAUUUACCAAUUUUCUAUAUAAAUAUUUAAUCAAAAACUUGUCCAUUUGAUUCAACAUUAAUUCCUGAGGCACACAAACGUUUACCUAGUCCGAUUUAGGAAUAACGUUAAUAAUAAUAACGAUAACUGUAGUCCCACUGUUAUUUACGACAAGUUUUUAUGCCAAAAAUGCAAGAGACAUUGGUUGGGGCACGCUAAAACUUGGUCCUUUGGGUCGCAACCUAACCUCUCCCUAAAUAUAAAAUAACUUGACAAUCUAACCUUGUGCAAAAUAAAAUAAAAUCCAUUAUAAGCGUGUCUCUACAUUAAUCAUAAAACAAAAACAUUCAAAUUUUUCCCAUCCUAGGAUUUCGUUAAAAAUUGUACAUUAUAAUAUUAUUAUUAUUAUUUAUUUUGAAUAGUUUAAUUUUAUAAGGCAAAACGUAAUUGUAUCGUUCCAUUUCUUGCAUUUUUUGUAUAAUUGUUAUAUUAUAUUGAAAAUGCUAAUGUUGAUAUUGUUUUAUGUGCUGUGGCUGCAUGGCGUCUCGGUGUCUGUCAAACUCGCAAAUAAUAAAAAAAAAUAUUCUACCCGGGCAUAAUAAAUUAGGUACUUGGAUGUAUAUCAAGCUAUAAAACCGACUCACAAAAUAACGUUGUAUGUAACGACAUGUCAUUUCUGCGUGACAUGACAUGUCAGUUUGACAGAUGACGUGAGUUGUGCGCGAUCGUACACGUUAGUUGUAGGACACAUUCGGAGAUGAAUCACCACAUAGUCACAAUGGUUUAACGUACCUCAUUUAUAUUAUAAAACUUAUCACUAAGGUUAAGUGUUUAAUUUAUAUCGUUAGCGCUUAGAUUUUAUACACUUUAAGCUAAAAAUAUCAAUCUCUCUACCUAUGUGUUCGUAUUUUUCUCUUUUCUUUUUUUUCUGUAAAUUAAAUGAUUUAAAUAUUAGAUCUUGCCAAAGUAACAUUUUUAUUUUGUAUAGAGUACUUAGUUUCCUCUGUGGAAUGUCUUCGCUGUCGAGGGCAUAACUUGAACAAAUGCGUCGCCUAACUAAGGUAUGUACAGUAUUACUAGCUUUACUAAGGAAAUAAUAAUAAGCAGCCUUAUUUUUGAAAAAGUACAAUCAACGACAACCUUAAAAUAAAAAUUAUAAAGUCACUUUUAAUGUCUAUACAGCAAAUACCAUAAUCAUAAUUUAUUUCUUUUCCCAUUGAGGCUCAACAAAAACCGUACAAUCACGCAACAAAAGCCAUUCACUGGUAAUACAAAAAAAUUAAACAACUCAAUCGGGUAUAUAAAGUCAGAAAAUAUGCGUAAUCGUUCACAAUUGACCCGUCAACGUUAUUUAUGCUAUCUCCUCGGGCCCGGCUGAGUAUACAAUGGUAUAAAUCAUCUCGAACAUUUUACAAUAAUCAAUGUUCUACUUGUAUGCCGCGGCUAAAUCGGCUGAAAGAGUGCUUUUAAGAAUAAGCAGUGUCAUGAAUCAAACUUAUAAGUAGUUCAUCCCACUAUAACAUGAUAAAAAAAAAUUCAAAUAAAUAAUUCAUUUAGUGGCCAGAUACACAAUAUGAUUGUACUUUUUUCAAAAACCAAGGAACAUAAUAAUUAUAGAUAAAAUAAAUAUUUAAAAAACGAUUUAGAAGUUUCGCUUGAACGUACUACGGAUUGUAAAAAGUGUAUUUAGUUGUAGAUUGAACUAUUAACCUGUUUCUAGUUACGCAUAUCUUUAGAUUUCAUAUUUAUUUUAAGUUAUAUUUUGGCGUCAUAUCAUCUGAUUUCGAAAAUAUUUAAAUGUUAUUUAAAAAGUAUAAUAAAAUUAACGGAAAAUUAACUUGUUCUAUUUUGACGACUUAUUUAAAUGAAAACGCCAAAAUUUAAUUUAAAAUAUGGAAAAUAUAAUUAU